AUGUGGGUUCUGGGUGGGUUUUGCGUGUUGAGAGGGGGUUUAUGUUCUAACUGCGAUGCAGUGUUUAAACUGGCCGGCACGUUCGAGAACGAACCAGCGGCACCCAGUGAUGUCGUGCUUCACCAGGAAAGUAGCACCAAAGUAGAGGAGUUGGCAGACAAACGGGUGUUUCGGUUUCCUAAACGAUCUAAAAUCAAUGGCAAUGAUAGUCAGGGAGUGGUUCCUCAUGAUGAUCCAGAAGUGUCCCAGUCACUUACAGACAUGGUCCAGUCGUAUCUGGGAUUGGAUGAAAACAAACCAAGUUCUCCUUUGAAGGAUCUGGGAAGCAGUGGUGCUACUCUGGAUAGCACUUUAAUACCAGGUGAAGACCAGAAUGAUGGCGACGAAUACGUUUAUGAUAUCUACUACCGGGAACGAUACACUGGAGACGAUAGUCUGGACGAGUCUAAAGUUGGCAUUAUUGUUCUGCUGGAUUCGGAUUAUGAAGAUUUGGCGGGAGAUGAUGAUGUCGAUUCUAAUGUUGGUGGGACCGAUGACGAGGAUUCGAAUGCAGAGGACUUUUAUAAGAACGAUUAUCCAGAUGAAGUUUCAGGUGAUGAAGAAGAAGAAGAAGAGGAGGAGGAAGAGAAAGAUGAUAGUGACGAAGAAGGUAAUAGCACAGCUGUCGACAGGUUGGCUCCUAGGACCAAAUUCCAGCUGAGACGAAUGAUGGGACAGGGUCGCGGCGAGGAUACAGCUGAAUGGGAUGGGGAGUAUGAAGAUGGAGGUGAUGAGGACGAUGGGACGUGGAAUGACGACGACGAAGGGAACAUUAAUAAUAAACGAGAUAAUUAUGAUGGAGAGAUUGAAGACGACGAUGAUCAGGAUUAUGAUGACUACGACGAUAUUCACAGUCCGCCAAAUGAGGUCGGAGACGAGCAGUGGAGUGAAGACGAGGAUCUCGAGCAGUACCGGGACCGGAUACUAGGGAAUUUAGAAACGAGUUUACGCGAAUAG